AUGGAAGCACUACUUGCCUGUGUAGAUAUUCCUCCAGAUUGUCAUGAUGCUAUACCUCUCUUGAACUUGGAAAAUAAAUCUUUCUCCAAGUUUUUCAAGCGAAUCUUAAAAAGGCUAGAAAAAGGAGAGACUUGUGUUCAAAAGGCGUUGCCUAAAUUAUCAGAUAAUGAUACUGAAGAAGAAUCAGAAUACGUACUUAUUGGGACCGCUCAAGAGGAAAAUUCUAGAAUAUUAUUCGCACGACUUCCAAACUCGUCAGGGAGUAAUGAAGUAUACAAACUUCCAUUUGUUCGUUUCACCGUUCGUAGGACUAUUGAACCUAUAACAAAACAGAAUCAGGAUACCGCAAAUAACAGCAUUGAACCUUAUCUACAGGAUACUUUUAAACGUCUUGAUGAUAAAAUGGAAAAUUUUGGAGCACAAUUGUCUAAAUUGAUAGAAUCUUUAUCACAGAAACCAGCGCCUCGACCUCCAAGGAAAUCGCAAACACCCGCAGUAACUGCUAGUGCAUCAAAACCUAACUUAACAUCAAAACCUAUAUUAGCUUCACAACUUUCACCUAAUUCCACUUCCAAAUCAACACCAGCAUCUAUAAUGAAACCUGGAUCUAUACCAAAAAAUGCAUCCACUCCAAAGUCUAUGAUCAUAAAUCAAGCAAACUCUAUUGUUUCAUCCACUGAAAAUAAACUCAAAUCAACUCCGAUUAAAUCAUUAUCAUAUGGUCAAGUUUUAGAAAGCCAACAUUUAAAUGAAAGUGGCACUAAAAAGAAACAAAAUGAAUCAUCGACACAAGGUCAUAGUCAAAUUGAAAACCCAAGAUUCGCUUCAAUGAUUGAUAAAGCUAUUGAUCAUGUUUUAGACCGUAUUAAUAAAGGGAAAGAUAUUAAAAUCGGACCGGUAUUCCAAGAGAGAUUAAGUUCUGUAAAUAGAUGCAAUAAUACACUUGAUCAUAUCGAUCUGUCGUCUAAUCGUGUUGACAUUGAUGAUGAUGACGAUGAUAACAACAACGAUGCCAAUAUCACUACUUAUAACCAUGUUGUAUAUGAUAGAAAUCAACAUAAUCUUAAUAUUAAACCUAAAAAGAAUUUAGUUGCCAUUUCACCAUGUGUAUCAUUUAUGGUGAAACCAGUUCAGAGUAGUGCUGGUAACAACAUCAAGCCGAAUAAUACUAAUAAUAGAAAGGAUCAAUUAUCCACUGAAGAUUAUGAAGAAUUAGAAUCAUUUUUACAAAACGAUUCUGUCAUAAAUCAUGUUCAUUAUUCAACUGAUUAUGUUGUUGUUGAUGACAAUGACCGAAAACAUAAACACAAAAAACGGAAAUAUACAAAUGAUGAUUAG